AUGGCGGGGAGAAGCUCCGACUUCUUCAAGAAUGCCCGGGCGAAGGAGCCGGUGCUGGUGGUGUCCUUCUCUGUCUGGGACCUUGCUGUAAUUUUGCCCAUGAUUAGCCCCUACAUCAAGUACGCUGGAGUGAUUAGCAAGGCCACACCCUACGACUGCCCAGUGCCUGUGAGAGAUAAUGGGAAUGAGCCUGGUGUGCCCAGUCAGCCACAGGAGCGUCUGAGCCCAAGCCUGGAAAGGCUGAAGAACCUGUGA